AUGUCUAACGAAUUGGACCAAUGGAUAGAGAAGGUAAAGAAGUGUGAUUACCUUCCUGAGCAAGAUUUAAAGAAAUUGUGCAACAUGGUGAAAUCUAUUCUUAUUGAAGAGUCUAACGUUCAACCUGUUUCUUCUCCUGUUACAGUUUGUGGUGAUAUUCACGGCCAAUUUCAUGAUUUGUUAGAGUUGUUCAAAACUGGUGGAGAGUUACCAGACACUAGAUAUAUAUUUAUGGGAGACUUUGUUGAUAGAGGAUACAACAGCUUGGAGACGUUGACCUAUUUAAUGCUUUUGAAAGCAAGAUAUCCAGAACGAAUGACUCUGUUGCGUGGUAAUCACGAAUCUCGCCAAAUUACUCAAAUCUAUGGUUUCUAUGAUGAGUGUCAACGUAAAUACGGUAACGCUAAUGCUUGGAAAUAUUGUUGUGAAGUUUUUGAUUGUUUCAACGUUGCUGCUAUCAUUGAUGGAAAGAUUUUGUGCGUACAUGGCGGUUUGUCUCCUGAUAUUCGUACACUUGACCAAAUGAGAACAAUUGAUCGUAGACAAGAAAUCCCUCAUGAAGGUCCAUUUUGUGAUGUCAUGUGGUCAGAUCCAGAGAAUAUUGAAACAUGGGCUGUUUCCCCUCGUGGAGCUGGCUGGUUGUUCGGAAGUAGAGUCACAAGCGAGUUUAACCAUUUGAACAAUCUUGAAUUGAUUUGCCGUGCUCACCAACUUGUUCAAGAAGGAUACAAGUAUCAUUUCCCUGAGCAAAACCUAGUUACUGUUUGGUCAGCUCCAAAUUACUGCUAUCGUUGUGGUAAUAUGGCUAGCAUUUUGGCGUUUGAUGAGAAUUUGGGCAGAGAGUUCAAGAGCUUUAAGGAAGUUCCAAUUGACCACAAUAUCCAACCAUCCAAUAAGGCUAUGUACUUCUUGUAA